GCUAUGGUAUGUCACGUGAUAUUGUUUUGCUUCAGUCGCGGCGGUCUUUACGCGUGAAGUAAAAAUGGCAAGAAAUGAGGAGAAACAGCAGGGCAGACUGAACAGACUGUGGCUUCAGAAGGAGAGAGAAGAGGGACGCCUCAAAGAUAUUCACGAGCGUCGACCCAAGCUGUCUACUCUUAAUUCAACUUCCUCUGUGAAAAAGUGGAUCCCCAGCAUCAAGAAUGAAAUAGAGUACUAUCUACAGCAAUCCCAGCUUUCUCAUUACCCAGAGAGAAAGAUAGCAGAGUUCCAGUUGCACAUUGAAGCUUUAGAAAAAGAGUACAAAAGCUUCAUUGCCAAACUUCGAGUUCUUGAUCCAUCAUGUAAACACAAGCCAUGGACUCCUCGAGCAUACUGCAAAAGAAGAGCAGACGCACAAGACCCUCCAGACAUCGUGAAAAACCCUCGGCUCUGUGAAUCACAAGACGGUGGCAGUCAGCAAAGUGAAAGUGACUUUAUUAGCAGUUUGACAGGAUGUUCCACGUAUUCAUCCACUGAAGAACUUCUCAGCUUUUCAAAAACCACACUUCAGAGUCUUGUACCCACUAACCUGGUCUCAGAAACCUCAGAGGCCGUCUGUGCAGUCCAAGACCAGCCGCUUUCAUUCGACCAAACACGGCUGGCGGUGGCUGCAGCAUCGUUCAGAGGAACGCCAGUUCAGCCUAGUUCCUCUCAAACACAGAGCCUUGCCAGGAUACUGCAGGGUGGAUUGCCAAAUCUUAAUAAUUCCCUAUCGAGAAAAAUAUUUUCACAGCAAAGCCGAGACGGGGAGAAAAAUAACGGGGUAUUUGGCGGGCAAAAAGCUGCCUUCCUAGAGAAUAUCUCAGACUGUGAAGCAGCAGAGAGAAUACCUGGGAAAUCAUCCAACGCCAGGGCAGUGGAGGCGAGGACUGGUCAUGUCUUGGGACUAGACUGUUAUUCUUCUUCUGAUGAGGACUGCGAUACAUGAUAUAUUUUUUUUGAUAGUAUACAUUUUGCAAUACAGUGAAUGAUUUAUUGAA